AUGUCCAACGAACAGAUUGUCACGCUUGCUUAUCAAGACCGUGUUGCGAUCGUCACGCUCAAUCGGCCUGACAAGCUGAACGCUCUCAACCAGGACCUCUACUACCUCCUAGGCGAGCGUCUACGAGAGAUUGACCAGCGCGAUGACAUCUACAUCACCGUGCUGACCGGCACAGGCCGAUUCUUCUCCGCCGGUGCAGACGUAACCGUCAGCCGCCCGGACAGCGAUCUGGGCUCCUGCGUGCGCCGUGACCUCGUCAAGGGCUUCGUUGCCAACAACGUCGACGUAACCCGCACCUUCUACAACCAUAGCAAAAUCCUCGUUGUAGCUCUCAAUGGGCCGGCCGUCGGCCUCUCUGCAGCGCUGAUCGCCCACGCAGACUUUAUCUACGCUGCCCCGCACGCCUUCCUGCUAACCCCAUUCUCAUCCCUCGGCCUCGUGGCCGAAGGCGGCGCCAGCCGUGCAUUCGUCGAGCGUCUGGGAAUCGCCAAGGCCAACGAGGCGCUCCUCAUGAGCAAGCGGAUUCCCUGCGAGGAGCUGCUGGCGGCUGGGUUCGUGAACAAGGUCAUCAAGGCUGAUUCCGGCAACAGAGAGGACUCAGCGGGCUUCUUGAAGAAUGUGUUGGCUGAGGUCGAUGAUCGGUUGGGCACGCAUUUGAACCAGUCGAGCUUGUUGAAGAUUAAGGAGCUGGUGCGGCGACCGGAGCGGGAAAUUCUGGAUCGUCAGAAUGGAAUUGAGGCGUUCAUGGGUCUUGAGCGGUUCCUCAUGGGCGUGCCGCAGGAGGAGUUCCGGAAGGUGGCUUCUGGUGAGAAGAAGCAUAAGCUGUAG